AUGGAAUCGUCACGUGGUUCAAGUAGUAAAGCACAAAGUCGCCAUUGUCGUAAUAUUCGUUUAGAAGAACAAAAUCAUGAUUAUCGACGUAAUUAUCUUCCAUUUACUAUUCCAUCAUCGUAUUACAAUAUUGUACAUGUUCAUCAAUUUACUACCAAUGAUACUAUUUCAACAUUAAUUAAUCAUUUCGAAUCAUGUUAUAGAUAUUCAAUUGAUACAGAAUCAGAUCGGUUUACAUAUGAUUUAUCUCUUAUUCAAGUUCAUUCGAUUCCUCAACAUUUACCAUCAUUUAUUGUAUUAUUUGAAAUUAACCAUCUACCUCCAUCAGAUUCAUCAUUAAUGGGUAAAAUUAAAUUAUUAUUUAGUCUUUUAUUUCGUUUAGGAAAUAUUAUUUUUUCUUGGGGAUCGAUGUCUGAUGAAUUAAAAUCUGCUAUUCAAAUGAAUUUAUUUACAUGGCCAGUGUCAGCAUUAUGUAUUAAUUUGCAAGAUGAAUUUCCUGGUUGGUAUCGAAGGGCACUGCCUCCUUGCGAGGCAUGUGGCUCGAUUCAAUCCUCGAACAAGGCCAUGUCUUCAAAAUCUCGAUGCAUUUGUACAAGCAAUUUCCCUUAUGUUAAAUCAACAGACAAGUGGUCAUUACAAAAUGCGAUCCGUUAUACUGUUAAUCGUUUUCUCGAUAAAUCAUCAACAAAGAAAAAUUGGAGUAUUAUGUUAGAUCCAAACUAUUCACCAUUAUCAUCAUCUGAACGGCGUAAACGAAUUAAUUAUGCAAUUUAUGAUUGCUUUGCCGUUACCUUAUUACAUCAAGCAAUUUAUGAUAAAUGGACGUUAACUCAACUUCGUGAAGCAGAAUUAAUAUCUUUAUUUACUUCGAAUGCUCCACCUCAUUUUUCAUCAUUAUCUUCAUCAACAUUAUUGGAAAAUAUUUCUGAAGAUG